AUGAGGCAGAUGACAUUUGGGGGCUCGCGCACGCACAUUGCAGUAUGGCUCAUCUACCUGCAUUGGCUUGUCUUCCAGCAGCGGGAGUUCGGAACGGCCCCUUUCUCCUUCCUCGUGCACGAGCUCACGAGAGCCUUGAAGGAAGGGGACAACGAGAGCGUCACAAAGGAGUACGUCGCAACCAAGGGUGACAUGUCCUGCCGAGUACACUUCGCGCUAAUGCUUUUGGCAGCUUUGUUCGGCUGCCCGCGUGAGGAAGUGCAGAGGGCCAAGGAGGACGGGUAUGCAGUCGAGGAGGAUGCAUUGCAGGCGGUGCACGAUGCGAUGCUCGGGCCAACGCCUGAACGGCUCGCCUUCGUUCGCGACUUCUACGGGUUUGCCCAGACCGGUGAGAAGGAGACGGCGACAACCAAGCGCAACGCCGUCAAGAAGGUUCUCUACAUAGGCCUUGGGCUCGGCCAUAUUGCUUCAAAGAAGUCCAACGGGAAGUUCGUAGCCGGCCGGCCACACAUCUUCAAACCGCUGCUUUGGCAAGAAGUGCGGGAGACGUACGGUCGGUUUGCUGAUUACAAGGCGACACUGCCGGUACAAGGUUGUGCUCAAGAUACGACUCCGACAGUAGCUAGAUGGUGA